UUCAUUUUUUUUUUGGUCUGGAUAUUUUUUAUUUAUUUAAAUUCCUCUAAAGAAGAAAUGAAUUUCAUUAAGGAAAAAGGGAAGAAAGGGGUGAUCAUCACGACGUUGGAGCGAUGCUGCUCAUCCGGCCGCGGUGGCACUGGCAAGAGUUCAUCAAGAAUUCAGCGUGUUCUGAUGAGGAAAAGCAAGUCGUGGCCUCGGCUUAGGGCUGCACCGGAGGAGGAAAAGCGCGGGAAGAAUGGUCGAGUGGCUCCCGAAGGUUGCUUCUCAGUGUAUGUUGGACCCCAGAAACAAAGGUUUGUGAUCAAGACCGAAUGUGCCAACCACCCACUCUUCAAGAUGCUACUUGAAGAAGCUGAGUUAGAGUAUGGGUUCAACAGCAAAGGCCCUCUUGAGCUUCCAUGCAACGUUGAUCAUUUCUAUGAGGUCUUAAUGGAAAUGGAUCAUUCUAAGGGUCGUGGCUCAUGUAGCCUUCUUAGUCCAUCACUUGUUGCCAUGAAUCAGUUUUAAUAAUUGUUAGAAAUUAAACUUGAAUGCAUGCUUUUACUUUUUAUAAACUCUUACCUAUUUAAAUUAAAUAGAAUAAAAUAUUUUUCGGUGUUUCUCCCUUUAUUUCUCUUCUAAGAUUAUUGAGUUGUUUGUCCCACUUUUUUAUUUUUUAUUUUUUCGGAAAGGUUAAACAAUUUUAUAAAUGAGGAAUAUAUAUAUGUGCAUGUCCCACUUAUUUAUAACACUAAUCAUGCCCAAAAAAAUUGUGCUUUGGUAUGUGUUUUUUUUUUUUUUUGUAUGCAAGAUCUUGGAUUAUGUUCGCGUCAGAAUAUGUUGUCCUACGAAAUUGAUCCUAUUAAAAAUAAUUUGAACCUAAAAUUUAUCCUUUUGAUAGUGUUAAAGUAGUUGUCAUGCCGACUUUGUGUCGAUUGAGGGUUUGUCUUCUCACCUUUUCGUACCAUCCCUUUUUAUUAUUAAUUUUAAUUUUUCAGAAG